AAAUUCAGCUCAAUUUGGAGGACAUAACAAUAAGUUACUAAUUCUCAGGAGAUUGAAAUUCUUUUGUUUURUCCUCCAAAUUGAGCUGCUUUGACGUCACAUGCAAGUGGCUUAUAAAUGGAUUGCAUAUAAAUUUUGCCUGAACAAUAAUCUAGUACCUACCCCUCCCCUCCUAACUGAUAACGGUGACAUUUCUCGAAGUAGACUAGCGUAAACACAAGGCUAAAAGGUCUCGAAAUAACGGAUUAUCUAUCAGAAAACUUUGGUAAUUCGUUCAGAUCUCAUGAUCGCACUUCUUCGCGACCUUCUUCUACAAUGGUUCUCUUGUACCGAAGCUCGUGGACAUCUCAGCUGUUUGUCUUUAUUUUUGUUAUAUUACUCGUCCCUAUUCACAGUAAUUACAGAGCGCAUCAUGUGUCGCACAGUGGAAUUCGAAGUGCCAAUGUUGUUUCGCCUGAAGAUUUUACCGACGAACUGUUCGAAAAGUAUGGCAGUAAUGGCUCUUUGGAUGAUACACAGUUAAAAACAAUGUUCGAGAACUUGGGGAUCGGUAAAGAUAACGAAAAAACUGCUAACAAUCACGCUGGUGUCAAUGAAAGGUGCUUUUCAAGUUCCAGUCUUCUAGAUGUAUUUUCAGUCAACAAGACAGCAUUGAAUAAACAAAACUUCAACAAGAUUUGUCCAGCAAUUGUACAACAGAUAGAUAGUCAGAAAUGUAGUGCAGCUUUUUCAACAUCAACGUACGAUGGCAUUAGCACAGCACUUGCUAUAUUCUGUGAGGAGUUGCCUCAUGAACUUGGUGAUUUUGCAGUCCUUCUCAAUGCUGGCAUGUCUUAUAAACAGGCAUUAUUGUGUAACUUUCUCUCAGCAUGUACAUGCUUCAUUGGUUUGGUUGUUGGACUGUUGCUAGGAUACUCAACAUCAGCUGUCAAGUGGAUCUAUGCUCUUGCAGGAGGAAUGUUCCUUUACAUCUCAUUGGUGGACAUGCUUCAAGAAGCAACAGAGAUUUCAUGUAAAGAAGGUGAAGGAUCGAUUAAGAAAAACCUGAAGACAUUUGCUCUACAGUCCUUUGGAAUACUGUUUGGUUUUGUAGUCAUGUUAAUAUUAGCAUUAUAUGCUGAAGGAAUUUCAAUCUGAUGUAAACAUUCAACAGCUUUAACAGCAUUUAACAGUUUUGCCCC